UCCGACUUGUGCUGUUUGAGUGAGGCGGGCGGCGGAGGGUCCACACGAGGAUACGCAAAAAUAGCUGCGAAAGGCGAUUUAGGUAUGACGGCCGCUACCGGGGGGGCUCCGCGGCACCGUACGUGAAGAUGAGGAUUCCUCCGGUGUGGGCGCUGGGCGCUUGCCAGACUGGGUGAAGUGAGAACUAAGAGGGAAAUCCGCUGAGAAAAAGACACCACCGGGGACUGCUGAGGAGGACCUCUGUGCAGGUUCACACGGCCGUUGGCAGGGUGGAGCUUCCUGACCCAUGGAGAAUUAUUUCCAGGCCGAGGCCUUCAACCUGGACAAGGUGCUGGACGAGUUCGAGCAGAACGAAGAUGAGACGGACACUCCCAUUCUCUCAGAUGCCAAGUGGACGCAGAUCCUGGCCCCGCCGGCCCACAUGCUCUCUCUGAACCCCGCGCUGGCCCACGCAGACCUCAGCCCUCGGGAGAGUCCCCUGCCUUUCAAGACCCUCCCCGACUCAUCCUCCAGUGCCUCUCCAGGAGCCGACCCCAAAAGACACCCUGGUCCCGAACCUCCAUCCUGGGUAGAGGAGAGGCCAGCAGACGUCCACAGCCCACCGCUCCCACAGCCCAACAUCGGCAAACUGGUGGGCACAGACGACCUCUCGCCGCCCACUGUGACGGCCUGUAGUGCCGUUGAGAACGGCUGCCCAGGCAGCCCACAACCGGACGGCCUUAGCAAAGAAAUAAGUACUCGAACAGACAUCCAGCCUGGUGCUCCUGACCAGGAGGCUCAACACGAAGAGAUAGCUGCCUCAGGCGGAGGAGGAGGCUCUGCUGUCACUCACACUCACUUUACCUUUGAGGUGGGAUUAGGAGAGGAGCAAACUCCGUCGGAGAAAAUACAUCCAAAUGUGGAGCACACAACACAGAAUGGAGAAGGCCUUAAAGGAGAGAGCAGUACAGCUGUUUUACAGGACUUUGAUUCAGAAAGGCAAACUACAAACUCAAAAGAGGACAAGGGAGAAAGUGUGAAUGGGCGGAGGGAUGUUCAGGUCGAGAGUGAGUUGGAGGAGAACGGUGUUUCUCCUCCUGAGAGGGCCGGAGUGGAGGAGAAGGAAAGAAGAUGUGGUCCAGAGGGACAAAUAGACCUCAGAAUAACAAACCUUCCCAAUGGUUUGGAACAGGACAGUGGAAGCAGGUCCAAGCCGAAGGAGACAGAAGAGAAGGAUGAGGAGGAGGAGGAGGGCUUUUCUCCUUCUCCUGUCCCCUCCAAAGAGGACUCUGUAACUGAGGAGAAAGAAAUGGAAGAGAGCAAGCAGGAGAGCAGCGAUGGAGGAGCAGUGGGGUCCGGUAACGUCCAACCAAAACUCAACAACCGGCUACAGCCAGUCAGUGUUCCUUAUGGAGGAGCGCGACCAAAGCAGCCGGUCAGCCUCAAACUCCAGAUCCCACAGCCGCUGUCGGGCCAGGUCCAAAACCAGCUCGGCCCAUCUGCUGUCAGCAAGAACAAAAACCUUGAGAACCAGUGUCGGAGAGGCACACCCUCGGAAACGUUGCCCAGUGGGCCUGAUCAGAGUACAGUCAGUGUGAACGGAGACGGAGUUGUUCACUCUCCUUCCCUGAUGCCCACAGAGAGCCCAGACAACGACGUCCAGGCAGGCCAGCAGGGCGCUCUGUGCAGGAAACCCGCCAGCUCCCUGGGAGAGGUUGCCCCUGUGUGGGUGCCUGACUCCCAGGCUCCUGUCUGUAUGAAAUGUGAUGUCAAGUUCACCUUCACCAAGAGGAGGCACCACUGCAGGGCCUGCGGCAAGGUGUUCUGCGCGACGUGCUGCAGCCUGAAGUGUCGGCUCGUGUACAUGGACAGGAAGGAGGCUCGUGUUUGCGUCACCUGUCAUUCUGCUCUGACGAAUGCUCAAUCAUGGGAGACACCGACCACUACAAGCAAUCAGAGUCCAAACCCCAACAACCCAGCAGAGUACUGCUCCACCAUCCCCCCACUGCAGCAGGCUCAGGCCUCUGGGGUGCUCAGCUCCCCCCCUCCCACUGUCAUGGUGCCCGUAGGAGUCCUGAAACAACCUGGCAACGAGGGGUCGCUCUCGCGGGAGCAGAGGAGGGUGUGGUUCGCUGAUGGAGUUCUGCCUAACGGAGACACGGCAGAAUCACCCAAACCUGCGACCUCCAGCGCUACCCCCUCUCAGUCGCUGGCCAUCUCCACGUAUUCAAAUAAAUCCUCCUCUUCUGAGGCCUCAGAGGCAGCCCAUACCCCAGUUGCCCCGGUGGGCAGCCCUGUGGGCAGCUCCCUCAGUCUGAUCCCGGAGGACGGGCUCCCUCCCAUCCUCAUCUCCACCGGAGUCAAAGGAGGUACGGGAGGCCACAUCACAGAUUACGCAGUGGAGGAGAGGCCUUCGGAAAUCGUCCUCAUGCAGCAGUUGGAGGAAGGAGGUCCAGACCCGCUGGUGUUCGUGCUCAACGCUAACCUGCUCGCCAUGGUCAAGCUCGUUAAUUACGUAAACCGGAAGUGCUGGUAUGUGACGACGAAGGGCAUGCACGCUGUCGGCCAGGCGGAGGUCGUCAUUCUGCUCCAGUGUCUCCCUGACGAGAAGACCAUCCCCAAAGACAUCUUUACCCACUUCGUGCAGCUCUACCAGGAGGCCCUCAGUGGCAACGUGCUGAGCCACCUGAGUCACUCGUUCUUCACGCAGAGCUUCCUGGGCAGCAAGGAGCACGGCGGCUUCCUUUACAUCAGCCCCUCCUUCCAGUCGCUGCAGGACCUGCUGCUGCCCAACCCGCCCUACCUCUUUGGCAUCCUCAUCCAAAAGUGGGAGACGCCCUGGGCCAAGGUCUUCCCCAUCCGCCUCAUGCUGCGACUGGGAGCAGAGUACCGAUUUUAUCCAUGUCCACUGUUCAGCGUUCGCUUCAGGAAACCCCUUUUUGGAGAGACCGGUCACACUAUCAUGAAUCUGCUUGCUGACUUCCGUAACUACCAGUACACGCUGCCGGUGGUGAAAGGUCUGGUUGUGGACAUGGAGGUGAGGAAGACGAGCAUCAAGAUCCCCAGUAAUCGCUACAAUGAGCUGAUGAAGGCCAUGAACAAGUCCAACGAACACGUGCUCGCCAUGGGGGCGUGUUUCAACGACCGCGCCGACUCCCACUUGGUGUGCGUCCAGAACGAUGACGGGAACUACCAGACGCAGGCCAUCAGCAUCCAUCACCAGCCACGCAAAGUUACUGGAGCCUGCUUUUUUGUGUUCAGUGGUGCUUUGAAAGCCUCGUCUGGCUUCUUAGCCAAGACCAGCAUUGUGGAAGACGGUGUCAUGAUCCAGAUCACAGCCGAGACCAUGGACUCUCUACGGCAAGCCCUGAGGGACAUGAAGGACUUCACCAUCACGUGCGGAAAAGCCGACCAGGAGGAGAACCAGGAGCUCGUCCACAUUCAGUGGACUGAGGACGACCACAACUUCAACAAGGGUGUCAUCAGCCCGAUUGAUGGGAAGUCCAUGGAGUCGAUCACCAGCGUCAAGAUCUUCCACGGCUCAGAGUUCAAAGCCAACGGCAAAGUCAUCCGCUGGACCGAGGUGUUCUUCCUCCAGAGUGAAGACCAGCCCAACGGUCUGAGCGACCCGGCCGACCACAGCCGGCUGACGGAGAACGUGGCGAGAGCGUUCUGCAUGGCUCUGUGUCCACACCUGAAGCUGCUGAAGGAGGACGGCAUGGCCAAGCUGGGACUGAGGGUCACACUGGACUCCGACCAGGUGGGUUACCAGGCAGGAAGUAACGGUCAGCCUCUCCUGCCUCAGUACCUGAGCGACCUGGACAGCGCUCUGAUUCCCGUCAUCCACGGCGGGGCGUGUCAGCUGAGCGAGGGCCCGGUAGUCAUGGAGCUGGUUUUCUACAUCCUGGAGAUCAUCUCGUAGGAUCCGGAGACCUCCCGCCGACCCCUCAACCCCUUCCACUCCAGACUUUUUCUAACCUUCAGAUGUCAUCUCACAGCCCGGACCCUCCAUCGUCUCCCUUCGAAACCGUUUGCACUUCAAAAGAGCCCGAAAACUGUGCCGUGCCAGGCGGGGUAGCAUUCCUCCAGUCGAACCUAUGCAUCCACCCACCGUCUGUUCGGCUCCAGAGGCCGUCGGGAAGCUCACCUGCGACCUCAGCUGUCAGGUGAAGCGAUGUCCGGUCAUCUCCACAGAUCUCACUGCGUCUGUCCUGAUACCCACACUGCCUACUGCAGGACGCUGCAGUUACUUUACACACAGCGAACAAAUAAUCAACCGAGCAGUACAGCCUUAGAUAACAGGAAAAAAAAACGCACAUUCAGGAACUGAGACGAGUAAUACAGUUUCUAGAGAUAUGAAAUCUAAUUUUGUAGUAGCAGAGAAAUAUCUUCUUAUUGUGAAUUUCUGUCCGAUCAAAUACUGAAGCGAGGUUCGUAUUUCUUAGAACGACUGACAAGAAUGAUUCAUUCUGUCAGUCAGCCAGGAUUCACUCAUCGUGUUUGUCAAGUGUCUCAAAACUUUUCUUUUAAACGCAGUCGUGAUAUUCAAGAUAAUGUUAAAUUACUGAGGGAACAGAACGAUGCUUUGUGGUGAAGCAUAGAUCUGUUGGUACAGAAAGUCUGUUUUAAAAGCUCUGUUUUCUCUGUCAGGUUACAAAGAUCCCAGUUCAUGUAGAGAAAACAUGCUCACCUUCUGCCCAAUUACGUUUCUGUCGGAGCGAGAUCUGUCAUCAGGCCCGUAGUGAUCAAUGACACCCGUCCCUCUGAAGGUCACCAUGUAUCUCUGCUCUCAGCCACCAUCACAGGUUAGGACACCCAGAGCUCUCGUAAAUUUUGUCCUAGACGGGAGUGAUUCCCUACAGGCGCCUUUACACUGUGCAAUUUUUAGGAUGUCUGAGAGAAACUUUUUCAUUCUGUGGUCGUCAAUCUAAACUGGUGAUUCAAGAUCCUACAGAUAGACAGACAGACAGACGGACAGAUAGAUAGAUAGACAGACGUGUCCACCAUUGCUCAAAUUCUCAUCGCCAUGACUCGCAUCUACAAACCAGCCAAUCAAAAUAUGGCACGUAAUGAUGAUGCUCAGCAAAAGAGUGGAGGUAAAAUAAAAAAGAAGCAGCUUUGAGAGUUGUAGCAGAAAAAGGAUGUAGUUAAAACAUACAAGGUGCAGUCAAAUCUUCCAUGACUACGUUUACAGAAAGCAAAAACUACCAGAUUUACAUUUUGCCACCUUUUAGUUUCCUCGUGCAGCGACACACUGCUUCCAAUGCUCCUGCCACACCAGUAAGGCCAGUGUUGUGCUAUUUGCAGGCACAAGUAUGAGAGGGUCCGAGUGAUUGUAAACAUCUGUGUGCCGCCUUAAAUCUAUGUCCACAAGGGCUCUGCGCUACGAGGACAGUUCUGUACACAAAAUGCAUACAAGAUGAUGAAAUGUGCAGACAAUGCCUCCUGCAAGUGGACUUUAAAGUAGAACAACAUCAACUGUGUGUUAGUGACUACUAGAGAGUCUCAUCAACAUGCUUCUGGAAGUCCUGUCAUGUGAACAUAUCUGCGAUGGGCGCUGAAUCUCCACUGUAUCAAACUGGAGACCCUGAAGCUUGAAGAGGAAGACGUCACAGGCAGCCAUAUGUAGAGAUCAGAUGUGAGGAGAGCAACAGUUGUGCGUCUGCUCACACCGCAUUGAUUAUGCAGAAGUUUUCAGGCGACAACACCUUCCUGGGCGUUGACAGUCUCACUCUGGGGAAGGAAUUCAUGGAGGAGCAGCAUCCUCAUGUCCUGACCUGGUGUUCCUUCUCCGGUUUAGAAAGCUGCCGUUUCUUGUCACUGCUGCAGACCCUCCUUCAUCAGAGACCAUCCUCGGCAUCAAACCACACACCUGUAGAUGCUGGUAUACUUCUUUGUAGUCCACUGGGAGGACUCAGUUCCAUACAUGCACAGUAGAUCGGCAUCUGUUUUGUGCUUGUGGUGCACGGACACCAAUGUUGAGCUGCUCGUACUGUACACAGAGGGAUCUGUUGUGGACACUAACACAGAUAUGGGAACUGUACGGUGUUACACUUUCUGGUGUAAAUUUCCUCAUUUGCCCACGUCUGCAAAAGUACGUACAGACCAACAUUUGUGUCCACGCAACUACAACGCUACAAGGGCAGGAGUGUGGAGUCACACAAUACGUAGGUGUUGAGCUGUGGUACAGUGAGUUCUGCAAGAGGACUGGAAAAAAGCUUAAUAACUAUCCAUGGUGUCCCCGAGUAUGAUUAAGGCUUAGCACAAGGUCUCAAGGUGAAUGGUCUCAAGGUGUAUUUCAUGCAUGUCAAAGCUUUUUGAAUGCACCUCGUACCAGCAGAGUAGAUGGAUCAUGUGGUGUGCUGCAGUGCUUUGAGUCGCCAGAACAAAAUCUGGCGAGUUGAUGAAAUGCAUUCAGAGUGAGAAUUUUAGGCCAGUUAGGACUGAUGUGCUUUGUUUGAGACACUUGAUAAACACUGAACACCGGUGUGGCGUGGUAUCAGGAGAGCUGUCAGAUGAGCUGUCAGCGUUCAGGACCGCAGGUUUGUGGGUAUCUGGACAGACCCGCCAUCCGACCCCAGCGUGGUGUUUAAUGUAGCUCCUCGGCUUCCUAAUCAGACGUCACUCCGAUGUCACCGUGGCAGCCGGAGGUCCUGAAAGCACUGAACUCUGGGUAAAAGCCGCCUCUGUUGUAGCACGGAUGCCGUUCCGAGGGAGACCCACAUCCAUCUCUGAAAAAGUUUGGACUAUUCCUUUUUGAAAGCUCGUGUUUCAAAAAAAAAAAAAAAGGAAAACUACAAAUCAUCCUGAGAGGAGGGAGAAGGUGCCUCAGUGUGGUGAUUCUGUUUUAUUUGCACCGUGGUGCUCAGUGCCUGCAGCAGCGAUUCAUCAAGGGAAAGAUAAAAAAAAACAAAAACUAAAACACAUCUCGGUUUCACUUCUUAAGCUUUACUCAUCAAUCACCGGAUGCUUUACUUCACGGACAACCGCAUUGACUUUCUGUACAUAUUUUUGUAGGCAGAACGAUUUCUCCUCCAUCAUAAGUGUAACAUCUGUAGCCUCCGGAGAUCCCAGUAUUACUGAAGUGACCGUCACGGACUCCUCUGACUGACGCUCUGUGAAAUAAGAUUACAUGUUACUCUGACAUCAAAAAGCUCUUUUGUCCUUGACAGCUGAUUUAAAAAAAAGAAAGAAAAAAAAAAAGGUUCCAAUGCUUUAUUGAUAAACUCAAUCUGUAUAUAAAGCUGAAAAAUCAGACGAGGGAAAUCAGUUUUUAAUCUCAUCAAUCAUCUUCAAAGUCGUCUGUGUUCGUUGGGCAGUGGUUGGAACAACCUCGCAUCUUAUUUUGGUGUCUUUUCAAUCAUACAAAGAGAAUAACUGUUACAGAUGUAAAGAUAUAUAUAUAUAUAUAUACAGCAUAUAUAUAUAGAUAAAUAUAUAUAAAAACUGUAUUAAAUUGCAGACGCAGUGCACUGGAUUCUAAGCCAUUUAGAGGAGAGUUAAAGCGAGCGUCGGGGUGUCCUGGAAAUCAGGAAGUUUAAAAAAAAAAAAAACAGUGUUUGUAAUUAUCCGGGGUUCCUGCAGAAGCAAGAGUUUGAUCGACGCGAAGCUGAAUGUAUUUCAUCUCACAUUUUCUGCAUCCUUCCAAAGCCCCCCCCCCCCGAAAUCAAGACUCUGUAAAACUCUGCAGACCUGCACAGGAACCCUGACGUGUUGUCGUCUUCGAGGGCCUCAACUGUUUUCGGAUGGAGCUGCUGGAGGUCGACCUGCAACCCGUCCGUCUGCUCUGGACUCUCCUUCACAAACAUGGACCUGGAGAAUUAAAAAAAAAAAAAAAAAAAAAAAGGAAAAUCUAAGAAUGUAUUCCUCUUGUUUCUGUUCAAAAAUGUGCUUUUUGUUUCUAGCCAGACUAAUCACCAAAUACACACCCUGUCAUGUCGAAAAAGCUCUGUACAGUAACCAUCCUGCAUUGUGCUCAUUUCUCCAUCUUUAAUCGUGCUAAUAUAAAACCAGAAGGGGCUACUUAUGACGUGCUGUCAGUGCAGCACGAGAGGUUUUGUCGUUUUAUCUGAGGAACAAAAAAAAAAAAAAAUUUAUCUCGUUGUCAAAAGUGAGAAUCAGACAAUCACAUGAAAAUCUGCAGAAGAGCCGACGCUUAGUUUGAAUUAGACCCUGUAGCUGUUCUGUAUUCGUUCAUUACUCGAUUUGAAGUAUUUUAGAAGCUCCUGUAGCAAAGUAAUGUUAAUAAAGACUGAACGAGAGGUCAAAGGCCGCCACUUCCGGGUUAAUUUACUGUGAUCGUACCAGAGGUGGCGUCGCCCAAUCACUGUGUCUUCACUGCUCAUCAGCCUGUUUUCAAAAAUUAGCAUCGCGAAGAGGAGACACGAGGAUUUAUUUUUUUCUGACUCCGUUUUUUUUUUUCUGUUACGUUUUAACUUUCUAUUUUUUAUUUUUGGCAUUAUCUGACGUGUGCAAUAUGUCCUAAAUCCAAAAAAAAACAACAACAAAAAACGGUGCAAUUUGUUUGAAAAAAAAGUAGCAUUUGUUUUGUAUUCAGUUGUAAGAUGAUUACAAAUCCAAAACUAUAACACUUGCAUGCAAACAGAAACGAGCUUGAAACGGUGACGAGAGCGAGUCAACUUUGCAUUUUAACAGUUAUAUAUCCUCUAGUUUGUGGAUGAAAAAAAAUAUGCUCAUUCAGUUCUGUCAUUAACUGGAUUUUGUUAAUUUUUCCUUCUUUUUUUUUUUUUUUUUUAAAUAAAUAUCAGUCAAAAAUGUUUGAAAAGCCAAAAAUCUGUUUUUUUCUUUACUCUAUUAAUGUCAAGAAAAGUGGUCUUUAUCAAAAAAAAAAUACAAAAAACUGUAGUAUAUGUAAAAUAAAAACUUAUAGAAAACUGAAA